UGAGCGAGCUCAUGGUGGCUAAAAAUGGUUUAGAAAAUUCUGAAAUCAUCUACUUUUCACAAGCAGUUGUGCAAAGCGAGCAACUAGUGAGAACGAAGUUACUGCACAACAUAGCGUAAAUAAAGUCUACAUACAUCGCAAUGGCUGACAGAGCUUGCAGGAAUUUUCAACCCAACAUGUUCAACAAGAACAAGUGUCAGAAUUGCUACAAACUUCAAGACGCACAUAGAUCUUCGCAAAGUUCUAUGGACACGGCUCCGAAAGCACACAACGUAGAACCGAAGUCUGCAACUAGCAAAUCGUACACCGCAGCCACUUUCAAGCCAAAUGCAAGCAAAACAGUCGUGAAGUCUGGAUUGCUCUCUGUUCUAAUCGCCGAUUCCAGAGACCAAGCCAGAACUCAAGAAAAUAAAUGGAAUCGUCGUUGGGUGGUAUUGAACGCUACAGGAAUAGUUGAUCUGUUCGUUUUUGAUGAGCUAAAUUCUUGCGCUUCAGAAGUUCUUGUACGUAGCAUUAACUUGGACGACUGUACCAACAUGUUUAUGGCUGAAGUGGACACUGGUGAGCCAUUAUCGCACGGUUUAAACACUCCUGAAGCUACAUAUUACUUCAAGGCUGAUGAUCGCAUGGAGAUUGACAACUGGGUGCGUGUGUUUAAACCAUUUGUACAGGCUGCAUCUGCAUAUCCAUUUCGUAGAGGAAGCAGGAACUCUGUUGGAUCUCUUGAUGCUGUUGAUAAAACAGGAUUAGGCAGCACAAGUCUUAGUAGAGGACAUAGUUUUGGAAAGGGUUCUAGUUCUAGGAGACCUACCACACCUCCACGGUCGUCCAGUACCUAUGCACGCGGUAGAUAUGGCAGUGCAGAAGCAAUUGAUAAACAACAAUCGGCGGAGUCACUCAAGAUUCAGCUCGAAAAGCUACAAGAAGAGAACAAACUAUAUAAGCAAAGUCAGACGACUUCGUCCAAACAACGCGAAGCAGUGCACAUUCUCGAACAAGAACUCAAAACGAAAACUAACAAAAUCAAAGAACUUGAAAUGGAGCACUCAAAGUGCAAGGACUUUCAGAAAGCCAUCAUAUUYCAGGAACAAGAAUUGCAAGACUCUCGUUACACCAUCAAGGAUCUUAGACAACAGCUCGACGAAGCGGAGAAGAAGUCUAAACAACAAAAAGCCAAGUUGAGCUUCCACGCGAAAGAGUUAGCAGAGGCCAAGGCUGACUUAGACGAGKCUAACAGCAUAAUAAGCAUACACAAAGCUAACAUWGAAUCCCUUAAGAGUGAGCUCACGACUGUGAAGCAAGGRGUUACAGACCGAAAYGGUAAAGUKAUUCUUGCUGAUGAAGAACCUGAGAGUGACCGRGUYUUUAGCUUCGAUACCAAUGGUGAUCCUGAGGAUAGGAAAGACAUCGAAGGAAAACUKAAGUUCCUUGUUCAAAAGCUCAAACAAAACGAACGAGAGUUGAUGAUAAAGACUAGAGAACUCGAGAAAGCAAAUGAUAGUCGCUCAAAAGUAGCGAAGUAUACUCGCUCAUUGUUGCAAGAGCUGGAAACAAAGUUGAGCAAUAACGAACGAAAGCUUGCUGAGACAGAAAAUCAGUUGAAUAAUAGUGCGAUAGAGCUUGAAUACGAACAGGAACAGAGAGCAAAACUCGAGAAAGAYAACGAAAARCUACGAGAUGAUUUGGAAAAACAACAAGACAUAAACAAAAAGGCGCGUUUCUCAGGCGACGCACUUGCUCUGAUGCAAGAAGCAAAAACAGGAAAAACUCCAGGUUUAGAAGAGCUGAAAGAAAAACUCAACGAAUCCGAAAAGAAACUCAGAGACGCAGAGAGAGAAAUGAGUUCUUGUAAGAACAAUUUCGAGAGUGAAAUAGCCAUUUUGAAAUCCAAAUUGAAGUCGUCUGAAGCUUUAGCAGAUAAAAACGAAACAAAGUACAAAGAUUGUAAAGCCGAACUUCAAAUUGCGCGCGAAAAAUCCAUCGAAUUAAGGCGUAUGUCWCUAGAGACUGAAAACGAGGACAAACUACAACAAGUUAUAUCCGAAAAAGAUACUCAACUGAAAGCUGCGAACGAUACUGUGAGCAAACUAGAAAACGAAAUUACUCUUUUAAAUCAAAAGAACGAAGAAUUGGAUGUACAGUUUGAUUCAAUGGACGAAAAACUUUGUCAAAGCUUAGAGAAACAAUUCUCAUUGUCGGAGGAAAAUGAAAAAUUAUUAAAGGAUAAGAAAAUGCUCAACAGUCGAGUAAGAACUCUACUUGACGAAGUUGCAGAUCUUAAAUUAGCUUUGAGCGAUACCGUCGACGAAGCAAACACUGAUUCGACGAAGACGAGAAUUCAUGAGCUGGAAGACGAUUUGAAUGGAAAGAAUAAAGAUUUACAAAAUGUGCARUCGAUAUUGAAAGACAGGGAGCAAGAACUCGAAUACUUAAAAAUCCAGUACGAAGCAAGUACAAGAAACUCRGAGAAGGUCGACGAGGAGAAAGAAAAGGUUAAAAUAYUAAAUGACAAAAUGGAGGACUUACAAAAAGCACUCGAAGAAAAGGACAAUACAAUCAAAUCUUUGACAAAUGACAAUGAAAAGCUAGCGCAAGAAAUAUCUCUUUUGGACRCUUCGAAGGAAGAASUAUCAGUUGAUUCCAACCGAAUUCAAGAGCUUGAGGAGCAGCUUGGUCAAUAUGAACUAUUUCUAAGUACAGCUAAAGACACAAUUGUUGRSUAUGAGAAGAAAAUCAAUGAUUUAAGUUCACRCAAAGAUGAACUGGAAAACACUGUCAAAGAACUCARGAAACARWCGCGCUCUCUCGAAUGCGAACUCGAAGUUUAUCAAGAAAAAUUAAAAGGCGCRGAAGAGCGCUUGCUGGAUUAUGAAGUAGAGGAAAAGCUAUUGACUGCAGAGUUGCAAAAGUGCAAAAAGGACGUGGUUUCACAGGAAAAUGAAAUAUCUGUCACWAAUGUCAGUCUAGUCGARAGUGACCCCAAUAAGAUGGAUGAGGGCAAAGAGGAUUAUGAGAAACUYUUCGCUGARAAGACAACUGAACUCAUUAACAGCGAAAACAAAGUAGUUGAACUUGCUGAGGAGUUAGAUAAACGGCUUAAACUCGAACAAGAAACAGCUGAGUGGAUCGAAGAUGUCGAAGCUAACUUGAGCAAGACCGAAAGCCAGUUAGUAAACGCGAGAAGUACGCUGUUAGAAAAGUCGAAAGAACUUGAGCGUGAAAAAUGCAAUAUUCUAGAUCUCGUUGAAUUGUCCAGGAAAUACAUACGUGAACUUGAAUUGUCUCUUGCAACAGAGAAAUCAAAGGUAGAACAACUCGAGUCGGAGCUGAAGAAGACGUCAAGAGAACAACCACCCAAAGAGGCACUGGUGGAAGAUUCUCCUGAUGGAAGUCGGUGGCACCAAGAAUCUUCGGUCAAAGAAAUAGCUGAAAAACUCUCAUCUUGUGAGAAGGAAAGAGACGCUCAUAAAAUCAAAGCUGACGACCUUAAGAAGGAGCUAGAAGACACAAAGCAACAGUUGAAAGAAAAAUUAGAUUCGGCUGAGAAAGCUCACCAAAAGGACAUGAAAAAACUUAAUGAAGAGACUCUCAAAGUGUCGGGAGCUGCUAAGACUGAAGGKGACGAACUUCGUCUUCGACUGACAUCUCGAGUGAUUACAUUGCAGUCRGAUAUCAGUGAGCUGAARGCUGCCCAUCAAACCGUCAUUGAAAAACUUAAAGCAAGACACAAAAAGGAAUUAGAACAUGCUCGCAGGGAAGCUAUUCUAGAACAUAGUAUGAAGCAAUCAUUCAGUGAGAGCGCUGAGGAUCUCAACGCGUCCAUGGUUGAAAUGGAGAGUGAGAUGAAGAACAUGGUCAGCAGGUACGAGGCUCAGAUGGAAGUCUUGAAACAAAACCACCAGCGAGAGAUGGAUAGAYUGAAAAGAAGUAGCGAUCACGGCGAGGGACUAAAGACCGAGGUCACYCAACUACAAGCAGAGAUGGAAACUAUGAGCCAAAAGUACAUGGAAGAAAUUGAGAUGUUGAAAAAUAAACAYGCGGAGGAACUGGAUCAGCUCAAGACUGACAUGUCAUUGGUUAUUCAAGCAUCUGUGUCAUCCAACAGUAGCCCGAGUAAAGAGCUUAGUGACAAUAGCCAACAGCUUAAAGCAAAAAUCAAGGAGCUGGAGUCCGAAAUUGAAGAAAUCAGUAAAAAAUAYAACGAAGAACUCAGGGUUGAAAGGGAAUCCCAGCAAAAAGAGUUGGAUCAGAUUCGCGAUGACAUGAUGACCGUUAUCCAGGCAGUGAAGUCGCAGCAGUACGACCUUGACCCUAACACCGAACAACUACAACGAACAGUACGUGAACAAGAGGAGGAAAUUMAACGACUAAAAGAUGGUGUUAAUGGCGUCGUAGAUGACACCGAGCUCGAAAAACUUAAAGAAGAAAACUGCAAACUUGUUGAAGAAAAAGAAGAAAUCGAAAAAAACCUCAAACGACAAGAAGCGGCCACCAUGUUUGGUUUGCGUCGAACCGAAGAAAUGAGUAAUAAAAUCUACCAAAUGCAAAAAGAAAUGGAAGAUAUCGACCGGAAAUACAUGAAAGAGAUCAACCUGUACAAAGAAGCUUAUGAGCGCGAGAAAGAAGURAAAGCUUCCUCAGGAGAAGAGGAYGUUGACGAUUUGAGAGACGAAAACGAAGACCUUCGACUAGAGCUGGAAGAAUUGASGUUAAAAAUGGAGGAAGAUGAAGCACUUCAUGAGAAUGAAUUAAGUAUUUAUAAAGAAAAACUUGGCGAAGAGAAGUUAUUAGAUGUUGAGAAACUGACGAUGAAAAUAAAAGGUCUAGAAGAUAGCAUUGAAGAGAUUAAACUAGAGCAUCAGCGAGAAAUCGAGGAACUCCAAGAAAGCCACUCGGAAAACGUGAAAAACCUAAACUCAGAGCAYAAAAAAGAAYUGCAAAAUYUGAAAAAAGAAACACAAAAUUCUUCUUCUAUUACGAGAACGAAAAGCUCUCGAGCGGAGGAAGAACAUAAAGAAAAAGUUAGAACUUUAGAAUUUAAAAUUGAAGARCUGGAAUCGUUACUCGAGGUGAAGAAACGAAGGCACAAGGAGGAAGUUCGUAGUUUGAAAGAACGACUCGAYGAAGAAAUGCAACGACAUAGCGAGGACGUGAGRAAUUAUGAAACUAAACUACGGGAGUGUGAUAUUACUCGAAGGCCGUCGAUCUCAUCAGGGCCUGGCGCGAGUGAAUAUUUCAGAAAGCAGCUUACUGAAGUUCGCUCUGAAAAUCGUUCCCUCAAAGACGAACUAGAGACUCUUAAAAGCGAACUUGUGGCAUUGCGGUCUUCGAAAGGUGGUAGCUCAACCUCGACGAGAUCGAAUAGUUCCACGGAUAAGCCAACUAGAGAUAUAAAACGUUUAGCUUCAGAGUCCGAUAUCAAAUCGACACGUAAAGCUUCUUUAGAAAACAAGGAACCACUGAGAAAAACAGUAUCGGACGCAAAAACCACGGAAACKUCAAAGAGACCGCCGAGGACAACGACGUCAAUACUUGAUAAACGUAACGAUACAACGGAAAAUAAAACCAAAACUUUUACACGGCAGAGUUCUAAGACCGAUGUGAAGAAGUCCGUAGCUGAACGAGUGGCCAUGUUCCAAACUCCUUCAAAAAACGACAAGUCCACGAGGAUUAAGUAAUUGGAGAGAUCGUUUAGGCUUUAAAUGAGGCUUUGGUUUACAAGAAUUGGAAAGAUAGAGAAGCGACAAUGCUGUGAAAAGUGCUGCACUGUUUCUCUGAAUAGACUGAUUACUGAAGGAAGAACGUUGUGUGGAUAUUGAGAAUUUUAAAGCAAGAUCACUACUUUUUGACACUAGAUGAACAACUUCAACUUGAGGAUUGGAAAAAUAUUAACUAACUACAGUCAAAWUAUGAAUAAGAUAAAGUCAUGGAACUUAAGUAAUUUAUUGCACUACAUGAACUAUUUUGACCCUUGCUACCAUGGCAACUGUCAAUCACCUGACUACAAAGAGGUGAUAGUGAAUUCUUAUUGGUUAAAGGUGUUAGUUGGUUAAACAUCUCAAAUAUAUGAAUGAAUGAAAACAAAUUAUGUUAUUGGAAUCCUGCAGACAUUUUGAAAGGAGAAAAACAUGCCUGUUCAAGACUGCAGACUAACAACUACAUUGUUAUCAGCAAAAACAUUUUGAAUGAAACUUUUCAUCGUAGGUGCACAAUGGUCAUGAAAAGAUGAAUUUUAUUUGGAAAUUAUUAUUUUUUCCAAAUUAAUAGUGAAAUAUUGUUCAAAAAGUGUAAAGGAUAAAUAGGUAUUUUUGUAAAUUAUAAGGUAGUUAUUUUUUGUAGUUAUCAUAUGAUCAUUUCGAUAAAAAUUUCUUUAUAAAAAUUGAAGUACAUCAUAUGCAAAAACUGGCAUCAAUUGCUGGUAGAAAUCAGUGCACAGGAAAUAAAUAUUAUUCAAAGUCAG